UGCCACAUUGUGAUUUGAGAUGCCUGCUGUAUGACCAUCCAGUGCGGUGGGAAUGGAGCGAUGCAGGGCAAGGGCUUGCUACCAACGUUGCGCCGGCGGUGCGUCAGCGACACAGUCUCCGAACAUGGGCGGGAGGCCCCCAGCCGAGCCCGACACCUCACGGAGCCCGUCUCGGACGUCCUCGCGGACGAGGCUGAGAAGAACUUCAAGAAGAGCUGCACGGCCCCAGUGGGCGACUUCACGAGCUCCAACGAGCCGCUGGGCCUUCGGCAAACCAGCAGCCAGAGCGUAAGCGGCGGCAGCAGUCGCAGCCAGUUUCGGGCCGCCGGGCUGCGAGUGAUGUUCGGCAACUACUGGAGCUCCAGCACCAGGGGCAACGAGGAGGCGCCUUUGAGCCAAGCGGAGCCGCCGACUCAGGGCGAGGUGUCCUUGAAGCCGCCGAACAGAGCCACCCACGUGGCGGCAGAGAUCGCCUUCGAUGGGGGCACGUCUCCGUACUGCGUGAUCUCCCACAGCGCGCCUCCGAAGGACGUCUUCGAGCAAGUGAUUGGCCCGGUGUGGUACUUGCGCACCCCGAACCUGGUGUUGUCCAUCAUGGGCGGCGCGGGGAACAUGAACCUGGCGCCCGACAAGUUCGACAUCGACGGCUUUUCCAAGGGCCUGGUAGAGGCUGCGACCCGGACCUGCGCCUGGGUCAUCACGGGCGGCACUGCCAGCGGGGUCAUGGAUAUCGUGGGCAAGGCUAUGCAGCGCCACGACAAGCAGCGCCAGGUGCCCUGCAUUGGCAUCAGCCCCUUUGGUGCGCUGACCAGCAAGUGGCGGGAGAUCCUGUGUUCGCCCUACGAGCACCACAGCAAGACAAAGGUGGACGCGGCUGCGGCGGCGAAGGCGGAGAAAGGCCUCGCGGCGCUGCAGGACAAUCACUCGCACUUCAUCGUAUGUGACAACGGCGAGGUGGGGAAUGCGACCUUCAGUUCGGAGAUCACUUUCCGGACUCUCUUCGAAGACUACGUGGCCAAGGGCUCCACGAACGCCAUGGCGGUCCCGCGUGUCAUGAUCCUGGUCAACGGUGGGAAGAUGUCGCUGGACGCCUUGGUGAAGGCGAUCAAAACCGGCUGCCCGCUGGUGGUAUGUCAAGGCACUGGCCGCAUCGCGGACGUGAUUUGCAGCAUCCUGGACGUGAUCCACACCCGGCCGGCGUAUGACGCAUCUGGCCAAGGGCAGGACGAGGAAUUUACGCAGCUGCUGAAAUCCGCGGUAGAGGAGUUCAUGGGCAAUGAGACGAUGUCCCAAGAGGACAUCGACAACACGCACGCCAUCGUGCACAGCGGGAAGGUGGAGAUCUACUCCAUCAACGAUCGCCUGGAGGACGUGAUCUUGGCGGCGGUGCUGGGCGGUGGUCGACCCGUGACCUCCCCGCAAUCCAAGUCCACCAAGUCGGUCGGGGUGUGGCAGCAGCUGGCGCUCGCCGUCCAGUGGGGAUGCACAGACUACUACGACGGCCUUGGGCGCAGGCUUAUCCAGGAGAGGGGCCAUGCCGAGGCGAUCCGACUCAUCUUCCAAGAGCUCGUGGCCUUCGGAGCGCAGGACAACGUGAGGAGCGAGGGCGAGAAGCGACGAUUCCGCCGCCGAGCUGCGAAGACGCCGAUCAGUAUCGUGCGGAACGUCCGCGAAAAUGCAGGGCCGUUGGUGGCCUGGCUGCUGCAGCACUACCUGAAGCAGAUGGACCAGUUUGAGGUGAGCGAGAAGACCUUGGGGGACAUGGGCAAGGUGCAUUGGAAGAACCCCAAGGAGACUUGGCGGUCUCUCGAGGGACUUUUGCUCUUCUCCAUUGAGCAGGAAGCGCCCUCCUCCGUGCUGGAGAUCAUUUGGUCUUACAUGGAGGACCCAGUGCACGCUGCCCUGGCGGCUGCCUCUGCGUGCCGAGACACUGCGGAGCGGGAGCACGGCUACGCCUCGUACCAGGACGGCCUGGCGAAGAAGGAGCUGGAUGACGCCGCGGACCGCUUUGAGAGGUUGGCGGUUCUGGUGGUGGAGGACUUGGCUCAGUCUGGGAAAGGCGUCGAGUACUUGUUCCAGGAGUCCCUCAGGUGGCAGGUCGGGAAGACCUGCUUCAAGCUGGCGCAUGAGCUAGGCUGCAAGAUGUUCGUGUCCGCCACCUUCUACCGACUCGCGGUGGAUCUGUAUUGGACCACUCCAGUGCCCUUCCAUGUCCACUCCAAGUCCAAGCGCCAGCUGGAUGCCAAGGAUAUCAGCUGGUGGGACCUGCUGAAGUUGCCCUGGACCGGGGAGGUGGGAGGCUUCUCUCUUUGGGAGUUCCUGUCCAUCCCGUCUAUUCAGGCCUGGACCCACGGAGCCUUCCGCAGCCUCUUUGUGGGCUUGUACUCCUACGCGGUGUUCUACCAGCUGCUGACCUUCGGCGGCAUCACCUUCGUCGAGGUGCUGCUCUUCGUCUGGGGUCUGGGCCUGGGCUUGGUGGAGGUGAAACAGCUCCGGACCCAAUCCGAGAACUCCUUCUGGGCCCGGUUCCAGGCCUACAUCCACGACUUCUGGAAUUUCUUGGACUGUUUGCACAUCACGGUUCUGCUGACUGCGCUCAGCAUCGGGGUGGUGUUGGCAGACAAGAAUGAGGAAGUCAGCGAGUUUGAGCACACUCUGGAGAUCACGCACGCCAUGAACCUACUGCCCUGCUGGAUCCGCGUGCUGCAAGUGCUGCAGCUUUCAGAGUACUUCGGCACUUUGCUGAUCACCAUCUUCGGCAUGGCGAAGGACGCAGUCAGAUUCUUCAUUCUGGUGGUGAUUUUCUGUUUCGGGUUCAGCUGCGCCAUCACUCCCAUCCUCUUCAGCAGCGGGGUCGAACGAGACGAGCAGGGCCUCAUCUGGGUUUUCUGGACCAUUGUGGGCAACCUGGACGACAAGGCCCUGACAAAGCUUUCCACGCUGACUGGCCCCACCAGGCUGGUCGCCGUGGUCUUGCUCUACACCUUGGCCUUGGUGUGCAAUGUGCUCCUGGUGAAUUUGCUCAUCGCCGUGAUGAACAGCACGUACGAGAAGAACCAGGCGGUGUCCCAGACGCAGUGGGCCUUCUACCGGGUUGAAGCUGUCCUGGAGUUUGAUCACGAGUCGAUUCUGCCCCCGCCCUUGAACCUGCUGGAGCCCUGGCUCCGGAGUGUCAACACCUCCAGUGAGGACGACGCUGCCGCCGGCCAUGACCACGACAUCUCAGUGACCCGGCGGGACCUCAAGGAUGCACAGACGCGGGCCUUCAGGGCCAUCACCUUCGAGGAGGACACCGGGGAGAGCGCCAUGCUGCGGGCCGAGCUGGCAGAGCUGCGGCUGAAGAAUUUGGAGCUGGCGCAGCGGAACAAGGACCUGGAAGCGAUGGCAGCGAAUUGCCUGAUGGACCAGUUCGCAAAAACGGCGCAGCUCUGCAUCCCCGAGACGCCGCACCUCACGCCGGGCUCCCCCAAACUCGGCCUUUCGCGUCGCCCCGGGCGCUUGGCGAGCAUGACCACACCGCUGCUGCCGCCUGCCGGCGCUUCGGGCCUUGCGGGUCUCGGCCUGUCGCCGACGGCGGACCGGUCCUUCACCGCGAUGUGACCGAGGUGACGACAAUUCAACCGCUGCACGAGGAAUUUAGUGCCAGUUGUCCAGCGGGGGCUUUGGAAACA